AUGUGUAAAGUAUUAUCAGGUCUUAUAUUAAAUAGAAUAAAGCCGUAUGCAAAAGAUAUUGUUGGAGAUUAUCAAUAUAGCUUUAUCAUCAUGUGGGAUCACACCUUCACUGUUAAACAAUUAGUUGAAAAACAUUAUGAAUUCGACAAAGACUUAAAUAUGCUGUUUAUAGAACAUAAACAAGCAUAUCAUUUAGGUAAUAGCGUAGUGCAAUGGAAUGCACUUAUAAUCUUUAGAAUACCUGCUAAAACAUUGAGAAUGAUUAAAUUAUGUAUGGAUAAAACUAGUUGUAAAGUUAGAUUCAAUCAGCAUUUAGCAGAUGAAUUUGAAGUCAAAAUUAGAAUUCGACAGGGAAAUUCUAUCUUUCCAGUAUUCUUUAACGAAGCAUUAGAAACAGUAAUUAGGAAAACGCAGAACAAAUAUAGAGGACUACAUUUGGAAGACAACGAAAAGCAAUACGGAAUACUAGCGUAUACAGACGAUAAUAGGAUCAGAUUGUCAAUAAGUAAAAAUCAAUACCGAGGCUAUUGA